AUGGUGCAUGACAUUCCGAGGAAGCUUGUGAACGGGACGCCGGCCGUAGCCCGCCCGGGUCCCGUGGACACGAGCCGCCCAGGUGAACUGGGCACAGGUGUCGACUUCGUGCCCAAGACAGACCAAGAAAUAAGACUCGUUGCAGAAGGUUAUAAGAAGUAUGCCUUCAACCAGUACGUCAGUGACAUGAUCUCCGUACACAGGACCCUACAGGACUACAGGGACCAAUCAUGCAGGGAGAAGGAAUACUUCCAACCUUUACCGACGACAAGUAUAAUCAUCGUCUUCCACAACGAGGCCCUGUCCGCCCUUCUCCGUACGGUGUACAGCGUGUUGGAGAACUCACCGGCAGAACUGCUGCAGGAGGUCUUACUGGUGGACGACUUCAGCUCCUACAAGAAUUUGAAGUCAGAACUGGAGGUGGAGCUGUCACAGGUCAGUUCUUUGGUUCGUUUGUUGCGGACCAAAAGACGUGAGGGACUGAUUCGGGCCAGACUGCUGGGGGCCCGGCAUGCAACGGGGCAGGUCCUAACCUUCCUGGACUCCCAUUGCGAGUGCAUGCCGGGAUGGAUGGAGCCCUUGCUGGAGCGUAUUGCGCAUGACCAUACAAUCGUUGCUUCGCCAAUUCUAGACUAUAUUGACUUGAGCACGUUCAAAUAUAACUUUUAUAUCACAGAAGGUGUGCCAAGGGGAGGCUUUUAUUGGACAAACAUGAACUUCUGUUGGAGCCAAGUGCCUCAAUACGAGUGGAACAGGCGAACGUCCCCUAGCGAUCCGAUUAGGACGCCGACAAUAGCCGGAGGAAUAUUUUCUAUUCACAAAGAAUAUUUUGAACACAUCAAAACGUACGACACGUACAUGGAGAUAUGGGGAGGAGAGAAUCUGGACUUAUCCUUUAAGGUCUGGCAGUGUGGCGGUAGCCUGGAAAUACUACCCUGUUCACAUGUCGGCCACGUGUUCCGAGGCAGUGUGCCGUACAAUUAUACCGUACCUGAAGGAGUCAACGUUGUCAUCAAAAACACGAUGCGCAUGGCAGAAGUUUGGAUGGACGAAUACAGGGACAUCUACUACAGGAGGCAAAAACGGACGAAAAUGGUGAGAAGUCCCUUAUGA